AUGGGAGCAUAUUACGACGAAGUUGAAAUAGAAGAUAUGGUCUGGGAUCCGUCUCGCAAAGUAUACCAUUACCCAUGUCCUUGUGGCGAUCGAUUCGAGAUUACACGACAACAACUUCGGGAUUGCGAAGAUAUUGCUACUUGUCCGAGCUGUAGCUUAAUCAUACGAGUGAUAUAUGAUCCGUUAGAUUUCGAGGAUGAAGAUAAAAAAGAAGAAGAGCGAGAGGGAAGUGGAGAGGAUACAGAUAGCGAUUGCUCAAGCGAUGAAAACUUCGAGGAUGCCAUGGAAAAGCUGUCGCUCUAA